UGCGUGACUGCACACAUUCUCAGUGAGCAUUGCCUUGGAUCCUGACAAUAUUGCGUUCUUGUGUAGCUCAAUAUCGAUCGUUUCUCUGCUCCACAGAGGAUCCUAGUGCCAAACGGAUCUGCCCCAAAUUGACUCUUUUGACAAAGACAUAUUUCCUCCAAGAGUCUAACAGCACUGUGACAACCAUUCGGAAGUGCACUGACUGAAUUCGACCUUUGCUGGUUCUUGUUGAUCAUCGUACCGACACUCGACCCGAAACGUGAUUGAGAAAGUGCGAUACUUUGGAUCUUUGCGAGAGCAACAUUUCAAUUCGGAUCGAGAAGGCUGUCUGGACCAGCAAGAUCUGGAAGGAUUGAAACAAUCGCCAUGACUUCUUCCCACCCUCUGCCUCCGGAUCUUCUGGAAUCCCAAAUAUCAACAGUGGACCUUCUCCUAGCCAUGUUUCCAGAAGCCAAUGAAUCCGAGAUCUCGCCUUCUGAUCUCGCCCUAAUAACUUCUAUUCGAGAAGAAGGUGCAGAGAGCAUCACCUCGACACCAUCAGAAAUCAACUUAGCCGUACAUGUGACCCUAGACGCCACCCACUCGAUUCAAGUAAACAUCACAGCACCCCUACGGAGUACACAGCCAUCACCCCCAGAACCACCCGAACCAACCUUUUCCCUCCGCCAACCGACCUGGCUAGACAAAGCCUCCCUCUCAGACCUAACCUCCUCCCUCCCCACGGACAUAUUCAGCGCCCUAGACUACCUCCGCGACUCAGGCCCAACAAUAAUCCCCCUCACCACCCCUUCCACCACCUCCAAGACCGAAACCUCCUCAGCCCCUUUAGUACGCGUAUGGUUCUACUUCCCCUCCCUCUCCACCCGCGAAAAGCGCAACCACAUGGUCUCCUGGGCACCCUCCCACCACCUCACCGGUUUCGUGCUCGCCGGAAAACCCGGCCUGCUCUGCUUAGAAGGCACACCCUCCAACAUCGACGCCUACAUGAAUGAGAUAAAAACUGUUUCCUGGGGAGAUAUUCCAUCGCACCAGAAAAAAGUAUCAGAGAGGUAUAGGGAGGUUGGGGAGGAAGGGGGCAAUGGGGUGGAGAGAAAAUUUGAGAGGAUGGAGGAGAUUACGGAUACGGUUGGGGAGAAGCAUGGGGCUAGGCAGAAUAGAGGGGAUAUGGCUGCUAUUGAGAAUUGGUUGAAGGAGAAGGGGUUGGGGGAGAUGUUUGAGAGUGUGAUUUUGCAGAGUUAGAACCGAAAGUGUGAUUU